AUGAGAGGGUUUCUGAGUCACUGCGGGUGGAACUCGGUGCUGGAGAGCGUCACAGCUGCUGUGCCGCUGGCAGUUUGGCCUAUGCAUGCUGAUCAACCUUUGAACGCAACAUUUGUAGUUGAUGAGCUCAAGAUAGCGGUUAGGGUCCACACGAGUGAUAGAACGAUGCGGGGUUUGGCCACGAGCGAGGAAAUAUCAGAGGUGGUCAGGAAGCUUAUGCUCGGGCAGGCCGGAAUUGAAGCGGCAAAGAAUGUUGCCGGGCUAUCGGCGCUAGCUAUGGAGUCCGUGUUGGAGGGAGGGUCCUCUUGGAAAUCAGUGGAGGAGAUGAUCGGUGAGUUGUGUGCACCCAACAUGCAUGCAAAUGUUGAGCCAAGCAAGGAGGAGUCUUGA